AUGAGCUUUGCCUUCAAGCGAUUCAGCUUCUUCGGCCAGCACGACGUGCCCGGCCACGGCUUCCCGGCCGAUGCCGCCUGCGCCGUCGCCGGUGGCGGGCGCGUGUUUGUCGGGUGUGACGGCGCACUGCACGUUCUAGAUGAGGGCCUGCAGGCGGUGGCGGUAGUCCCGGCAUACGGCCACAAGCUGCUGCAUCUCGCGUGGGCAGAGGUGAGGCAGAACCAGUACCUGGUGGCUGUCGGCGUGGAGGAGCCCGGCGCCUCCACCGCGGCCAUCAAGGUUUGGGAGCGCUCGAAGCUGGCGGCCCUCAAGCCGCCCCCGCCCUCCCCCGCAGCAACAGCCGCCGCCACCGCCACCGCCGGCCCCGCCGCACCCGGCGCGCCCGCGUCCCCGCCCGCGGCGCCCGCGGCGGCGACGGUGGCGCUGGCGCCGCUGCGGGUCCAGAAGGUGUUCAAUUCGAAGUACCCGGAGGCAGAGCCGACGGCGCUGGCGGUGACGGACGCGGCGGCGCCGGCGCUGACGGUGGCGGUGGGGCUGGGCAGCGGCAUGGUGUACCUGUUUCAGGGUGACCUCUCAAAAGGCGCCAAGCUCCACCACACCGCCAAGCUCAGCGCCCGCCCCGAGCGCGGGGACCUCUGGGCCGUCACCGCCCUCUUCUUCCCGCCCCCCAGCGGCGCCGCCGCCGCAGCCGCAGCGACCCCCGCCGGCGGCCCCACGGCGCCCAACAACUCCCUCUUCCACCGGGCCGCCUCUCCACACGAAGACCCCUCCGCCGCCGCCGCCGCGGUCCAGUCCAAGGCGCUCGCCGCGGCCGCCGCAGCCGCCGCGGCCGAGCGCGAGCGCGAGUCGCUGUGGCUCUUCGCGGCGACCGAGUCGCAGACGCUGGCGUUCAACGUGGCGGACGGCAGCAAGAAUAUUCUGGACCAGGCCGGCGUCGCCAACGGCGCGUGCGCGGUGGCGCGUGGGCCGCUGCUGGUGGUGGCGCGGGAGGACGCGCUGUAUGACUACACGGCAGACACGCGCGCCGGGUGCACCGUGUUUGACGGCCCCAAGCAGUGGCUCUCCGUAUUCCAGCGGUACCUGAUCCUCGUCACCGCCGACGGCGGCGCCUCGGGCGGCGCCGGCGGCGCGGGCGGCGCGGGCGGCGGCGCCUCCUCUCUCCUGGAGCCGGUCGGGGGCGGCGGCGGCGGCAGCGGGGGCGGCGGCGGGGGCGGCAGCACCCUGCACAUCCUGGACGUGAGGAACAAGCUCGUGGCGGGCAGCUUCCCGCUGGGUCCCGGCGGCGUGGCGCAGGUGCUGUGCGUCGGCGGGCAGGUGGUGGCGGCGACGCGGUCGGGGCGGCUGCUGGCCUUGAGGGAGGUGGAGCUCACCGCACAGCUCAACGGGUGUGCCGUCCACGCCGCGGUCCGCUCCUGCGGUUGCACCCACGCCGCUUUGACUCGCCCCUAA